AUGGAGAUCUAUGAAGAGAGCAGGAAAAUUCUAGAGGGAGAACCUUUCUUCUGCGACGUAGCAUGUCGAUGGAAACCAGAAAUGACGUGUGAGGUUCCUGCGAUAUAUUGGCAGGAACAUAAAGAAUUUACCUGGGCUCUUGAGAGCCAUUUGAUCCCUCGCCCACAUGCUGGAUGGAGGCGUCUGGCGCAGAUCAGAAGCGAAGGAAGACUACGUUUCGCUGAUAUGUUAGUCAUUGCACAUCUCCGAUUUGUGCUUCCCACAAUGAGCAUAACUCGGCCGCUUCAUUCUCUGCUCUUCAUAUUGAACCUCUAUGUUUCCACAUCAUUGCUGGCAAAAAUGUUUCAGGAUGUAGUUUCCCUAAUCUCUGUAAUUCAUGGAAUGUAG